CCACCGAUCUCACCUCCGACUCCCUUCAAGAAUCUCCCUCCACCGUCCGAUCUCGCUCCGAACCCGAACGCUAACCCUAGCCUCCGCCGCAGGCUCCGAUCAAGCUCCGAUGGGCUCGCAAUCUCAAUCGUUCUUUAGAUCGGCGCUCUCGAGCAUGGAGAAAGUUUACUUGACUAGGAAUCCGACUGCAAAAUCUGUCCUUGAAUCUGUGAGCUCGUCUGAUGGCAGUCCUGUGUGUUACGAUCACUUCGCUUUCCGAACAUUUGGGGUAGAUGGCCAUGGGAUUGAUUCCAUUGCGUCAUUCUUCUUGGAUUUUGGUUAUACUCAACGAGAUGAACUGAGGUUUUUCCAGCGAAAAAAGCUGAGAGCUUUGUGGUUUGCUGCUCCUGAGACUGAGUACAGUAACAAAUGUAGCUUGCCUUUGCCUAGGAUUUUUAUAUCGGAGCUUCUUGUGGAUGAGUUGAAUUCUCAAAGUCAGGAAAUAAUUAGAAAAUAUGUUAAGAUUUCUGGAAUAUUAGGUCAUCUGUAUCGCCUUGCUCACGCUGUUUCAAACUAUAACAAAGUUCUAAUGGAGAACAGAAAGCUGUACAAUCAAGUGCAAGAUCUUAAAGGAAGUAUUAGGGUAUACUGUCGAGUUAGACCCUUUCUACAGGGGCAAUUGAGUAGUAACACUGUCAGUUGUAUUGAAGAUGGAAGUACUACAAUUAUCAACCCUUCAAAAUAUGGCAAAGAAGGGCACAGGUCUUUUAACUUCAAUAAAGUGUUUGGUCCAUCUGCAUCCCAAGAGGAGGUUUUCUUGUACACCCAACCUUUAAUUCGCUCAGUUCUUGAUGGUUCCAACGUAUGCAUAUUUGCUUACAGACAAACUGGAUCAGGAAAAACCUAUACUAUGUUGCUGGAAUGUUUUUGA